AUAAAAGUUAUAAACUUAUGCAUAGCCGUAGCAGGCAUUUUGAGGAAAAAUAUCACAGAUCACAUCAAAUAUUUUGCAGCAGUGCGAAGUGCGACACUACAAAAAGCAACGAUUAUCGAUUACCCCAGUCAGGGUUGCCUCUUCUUCACCCUAGAACCUAAAUCAAAAAAAUACUAUGCACACAUGUUUGACACGUGAGCGCGUUUAUUUCGGAGUUUGAGAUUGCAAUUUCUUUUUAUUAUAUGAAAAAAAUUGUUUACAUCAAUUUACAUUGAAUUUAAUUUAGAAAAAAAUUCCAUUUCCUUACAAACAUGGGGAAACUAAAGAAAUCCAAAAUUAGUAAAAUUAAAAGAAACAAUCAGAUAAAAACGAAGCUGUCAAAACAAGGGAAACUUAAGACUCGACGACAUAAGCCACCAAAGAAACAACCUCAGAAAGUGGCAGCCCCACGUCCGGAAGCAGUUCAGGAAGAAGAAAGUGAUCAAGGAGAGGAUUUGAUGGAUAUGGUUGAAAAAGAUGAUUUAAAAUUCUUAGAGAAAGCUAUAUCCAACAAAUCCUACAACUUAUUAAAACAAAUUCGUUUAACUGAAUCAGACAAAGAAGAUCAAAGUAAGAAAAAGAGGAGAAAAACGAAAGAUGAGCAUCCAUUAGAAGAAUUAUAUGAAAAUAAUAUUUCUAAAAUCAUGGAAGAAACAUCCGGGAAAUCGGUUCGCAUGAUGCUUCCCAUAAAAUCUCAAAAUGGUCUUUUGGAAAAACGUGUUAUUGAAGAAGAUAAUGAAAUUACAAACGAGGAAGAGGGUGAAAUCACAAAUGAUAAUAAUCAAAAAGAAAAUGAAGAAAAUCAAGAAGAAAAUAGUGACAUAGAAAUGAACGUAGAUACAUAUAAUAAUUUGCCAGAGACUGAAAAACCAGUGUCUACUAUUGAACUUUUGGCGUGUCGCGAAGAAUUAUUGAGAUCCAAACGUUUCAAGAUAGGCAUACUUUCAAGCGGUAUUUUAGAAAACCCUCAACUCAAAUCUGGAAAUUUUAAAGUACUGCUAGACAUGAUGGAUGAAAGAGCUUCAGAAGUUUACAUCACUGUUAAAAAACUGGCAAUGGUGUCCCUACUAGAAGUCUUUAAAGAUUUGCUACCAUCUUACAGUCUUCUACAGAUUUCUCAAGAAGGAGUAAAAUUGAAAAAAGAAACUCUUGCGCUGCAAAACUAUGAAGCUACAUUGUUGAACAGUUAUAAAAGUUAUUUAAAGAGACUCGAAAAAAUAUCUAAGGUUUUGAGAAAAAAGAAAGGGGACACACGAUCAGGGAACGCACAAGAAACUCAAUUAGGCGAAAUAGCUAUAUCUUGCAUGUGCGAACUUCUCACCGCCCAUCCAUACUUUAAUUUUUCCGUUAACAUAACUGCUUAUAUUCUUCCUUUCUUGGAUCACAAACAGAGUAACAUAAGGGAGAAAGUGGCACAAUGUAUUUCUCAAAUAUUUAAAGAAGACAGACGUGGUGAAUUAUCUCUCACGAUAGUCCGAAAAUUAAAUCAAUACAUCAAAUCAAGAAAACAUUCUGUGCAUCCUGAAGUCAUAAGAGUAUUAUUAUCUCUUCGCAUAAAAGAUGUUGAUCUGGACAAGGAAAAAGAAGAGGAAACAAAGCAAAAAAAGCUCAUGUCUCAUAAGCAAAGAAUUCUCGCGUUAAGCAGACGGGAAAGAAAAAAGAGUAAAAAACUGCAAGAAAUAGAAAAAGAAUUACUCGAGACAAAGGCUGAAGAAAAUAAACAAGCAAAAUCAAAAAUUCUCACUGAAAUUACAAGCGUAAUAUUUACUAUAUACUUUAGAGUUCUAAAACAAGCUCCCAAUAGCAAAGUACUGUCCGUGUGUCUGGAAGGACUAGCCAAAUUUGCGCAUUGUAUCAAUAUAGAUUUCUAUCAGGACUUAGUAAGUGUUCUAGACAGAUUAAUAGAAGAAGGUUACUUAAAUUUGAGACAACAAUUACAUUGUGUUCAAUGUAUAUUUACAAUAUUAUCCGGCCAGGGUGCAGCGCUAAAUAUUGACCCAUACAAAUUUUAUGUGCAUUUGUAUAAAAAUAUACUGAAAGUUCAUUGUGGGAGGACGCACGCGGAAUUUGAGAUUGUAUUGAAGACAUUGAUUCAGAUUCUCAUUCAUCAGCGAAAAAGAAUUUCGCAGACGCGUCUGAUAGCAUUUGUGAAGAGAAUAAGCGUUCUAGCUUUGCAAUCACAACAUAAUGUAACGUUAGGGAUCCUCGGUAUUAUAAAGCAAGUCCUGCAAUUUGGCAAAGCGGCGCACAUUUUGCUGGACACUGACUGCAUCGGAGAUGGUCAUUAUCAGAUCGAAAUCGAAGAACCCGACCAUUGCAACGCACAUUGUACUGCAUUGUACGAACUUGUUGCUUUGCAGCGUCACUAUCACAGUGUAGUUCAGCAGCUUGCUAGAAACAUAGCACAUGUGGUGCCUGCGAGUGGUGAGGGUAGUUUGGCUAUCGAAAUUGCGAAAUUAACACCGGAGGAGCUUUACACAGAGUAUGAUCCUGCAGGUGUAGCAUUCAACCCUACCAUACCUAUUCCAGGGCAGGUUACUGUUAAAAAAGCAUCGUCACAUUAUAGCAUGAGUUCUAAACUUGAGGAGUAUCUUAAUAUUGUUGAUAUCGACAAUCUAUUUAAGGACGGAUAUGUGGACUUUUACAAAGCUUGUAAGAGCAACUCAUGAAAUGAAAUAAAAAAUGUAAAUAUAUAAGAAAAAUAGCAUUUCUGACUAAA